AUGCUCUGUCCGCCCACCAUGCGACCGGCCAGCCCUGCCGAAUCCGAAAUCUCCGUCGGUGGUGCACCCAGUCCGUUGCCCGCCGCCCAUCACCAUCACCAGCUGCUGCACCAACAGCAGCAUCCCCAUUUACCGCAGCCCUCGCUGGCGAGGAGCGCCACCAUUGAUCUUCUCCAGCAGCAGCAGCUGCUGAUGCAGCAACAUGCCGCGGCCGCGGUGGCCGCCGGCCUGACACGCUCUGCCGUCGGCAGUUUGCCGGAGGACUACUUCCAGCCACUGAAACGUUUGCGCAUGUCUUCAUCCUCAUCGGAGCCCAGGGAGCACACACCCAGUCCACCAGCUACUGCACUCAGCAUUAGCGCCACACAAUCGCCGCCAGCCAGCAACCACAACAACAACAACAGCAGCAGUGGCACCAACACCGCAUCGGCCAACACCAAAUCUACCGUAGAGGGCGUCAAAAGCUUUUCCAUUGCCGACAUUUUGGGGCAUGAGAAGCAACGCGCUUCAUCCGCAUCGCCACCAACCUUGACUGCCACGCCCACUGUGCUGGCACCGCCCGCUGCCCGACCUGGCCUCCUCCAUCCACGUAGCGAGCCCCUCGAUGUGCAUCCGGCUGCGGCAGCCAUGCUGCUGCCUGGCGCCCAAAUUGUGCGUCCCUGGGACCAUUUGCUCGGCCCAAUGCCGGUGCGUCCCUUCAUACCCUCCGCCUUGCUGCACUACGAGCAGCGUCUGGCCCUGGACUAUCAUCGCCAGCUGCAGGAGCACUUCAAUGCCCAGGCCCAACUUUUGCGUCACAUGGGCAUGGACAUUAUACCUUCGGAGAGUGGCUCGGAUCGCUCCAGCUCGGCAGCCAGCGACUGCUGCUCACCAGAGAUUGUUCGUUCCUCCGCAGAGCAGGCAGCUGCGGCUGCUGCGGCCGCCUCGCGCCACAGCCCCCAAUCUGCGGCAACCAAUGCAGAGCGGGAACGUCAUCAUUCCGGCGCCAAGGCCAAUGGCACGCCACUGGACGCACUCUUCCAGAUGACAACCAAGGACUUUGAUGAGUCGCAAGACAAAUCCCAUUUGGACAUUUUCUCGAACCGACCGCAGCCAAAAAAGAAGCGCAAGUCACGCACCGCAUUCACAAAUCAUCAGAUCUUUGAGCUGGAGAAACGCUUCCUCUACCAAAAGUAUUUGUCACCCGCCGAUCGAGAUGAGAUCGCCGCCUCUCUGGGUCUCUCCAACGCCCAGGUGAUCACCUGGUUCCAGAAUCGACGCGCCAAACAGAAGCGCGACAUUGAGGAGCUGAAGAAAGACUUCGACAGCGUCAAAGUCUUCUCGGCCCACAAAUCAUUUCUCGAGAAUGUCAACGAUCUGAGUAUACUGAAGAAGAAACCGAUGCAUGAAGCCGAUAUGGUGGGCUUGGCAGCAGCCGCUGCUGCCGGCAUGGUGGGGGUUCCCCCAUCCGCCUCCGCUGCCGCCGCCGCUGCAGCAGCCGCACAGGCCGCCCUCGGUGCGCCCAAAUGA